CUGUUGUUCUGGUGAAGGCUUGCGGAUCUGAGACGCGAUCUGCUAUGUGUCACAGCGAAGAAAGGCAGUAAAUAAAGGCGACGAGUCCGUCUGCGUGAAUAGAGAGAGCAAGAUGGUGAUCAUGGCUUCUUUUCUGUUUUCCUCUAAACGCGUGAAAGCGAUGGCCAUCCCCGCGAUCACGCCCAGGCUCUUUCUGUGGGCUUUUCUAAUCGCCCAUCUUCCUUUGAGCUCUGUCCAGCUGGAAAGUGAUGAUGAUGAAGUGACGAACAAAACGUGGGUUCUGACCCCCAAAGUGUUCGAGAGCGACGUCACACAUAUUUUGAACAGCUUACUGGAUGGCUACGAUAACAAGCUGCGGCCAGACAUCGGAGUCAAACCCACGGUGAUCCAGACUGAAAUGUUUGUCAACAGUAUUGGUCCAGUUAAUGCCAUCAACAUGGAGUACACGAUUGACAUCUUCUUCGCCCAGACGUGGUAUGACAGGCGGCUGAAGUUCAACAGCACCAUGAAGGUUCUGCGUCUCAACAGCAACAUGGUGGGAAAAAUCUGGAUCCCUGACACGUUUUUCCGUAACUCUAAGAAGGCAGAUGCCCACUGGAUCACCACACCCAAUCGCAUGCUUCGGAUAUGGAAUGACGGGCGUAUACUGUACACUUUAAGGUUGACCAUUGAUGCAGAGUGCCAGCUUAAACUGAAUAACUUUCCGAUGGAUGAACAUUCAUGUCCCCUGGAGUUCUCAAGCUAUGGUUACCCGAAGGAGGAGAUUGUAUACAAGUGGAAGCGCAACUCAGUGGAGAUUGGAGACAUCCGCUCCUGGCGUCUUUACCAGUUCUCCUUUGUUGGCCUGAGAAAUACCACAGAGGUUGUCAGGACUGUGUCAGGAGAUUAUGUGGUUCUGGCCGUCUUCUUUGACUUAAGCAGAAGGAUGGGUUAUUUCACCAUCCAGACAUAUAUCCCCUGUACCUUGAUCGUUGUUCUGUCCUGGGUUUCAUUCUGGAUCAACAAGGAUGCAGUGCCAGCCAGGACCUCUUUGGGAAUCACGACUGUGCUUACCAUGACCACUUUGAGUACCAUAGCUAGGAAGUCCUUACCCAAAGUGUCGUACGUCACAGCUAUGGACCUCUUCGUAUCGGUGUGCUUCAUCUUUGUUUUCGCCGCUCUGAUAGAGUACGGAACGCUCCACUACUUUGUGAGCAACCGCAAGCCCAGCAAAAACAAAGACAAGAAGAGGAAAAAUCCUCUCCUGCGGCUCUUUUCCUCAAAGCAGGCCCCCACUGUGGACAUUCGCCCACGCUCAGCGACGGCCAUCCAGAUGAACAACGCCAGCCACAUGCAGGAGCGAGACGAGGAGUACGGCUACGAGUGUCUGGAUGGGAAGGACUGCUCCAGCUUCUUCUGCUGCUUUGAGGACUGUCGCUCAGGAGCGUGGAGACAUGGCCGUUUGCACAUCCGUGUCACUAAGAUAGACUCUUACGCCCGCAUUUUCUUUCCUACUGCAUUUGGUCUAUUCAACGUAGUUUACUGGUUUUCCUAUCUCUAUCUUUAAUUCUUUGUUUUGUUUGUUUGUUUGUUUGUUUUUAAUAGGCUGGCCUUAUUUUAUGUUACAGAUUCCAGCAAGACCCUUUCUUGGAAACGUUAACCCACUGAAAACAUUGAAGGUGUAUUGUGUUGUUGUUUUUGUCGUCUGUUGUUGUUUUUUUUCGUUUAGUUUUUUUCUUAAAUCUCGUUUUAGGAUUUGUUUAUUUUUUUCGUGCAUUUACGUAAUAUGGGAAUUGUAAAAUUGUUUUCAAGAAAUCAUAUCUUGUGCAUAAAGCAAAAGCUGUAGCAAAAAAAAAAAAGAAAUAGAAAAGUCAGUGAAACCAGCGUCUGUAAGAUUAUUCCUGAAUUUUCCGGAAUCAUGGAGAGCGGAAAGACCUGAGUAUUGCAUGUCCCCUAAAGAGCAAUCACUAAAGAGAUUUUGGGAACCUGCUUCAAAUGCAUGGCUGUCAGGCCUAUAUGAGGAAAAAGCAAUCAAUCAAAUAUUAACAAAUGUGUCAGAGAAUUUAUUUGUAAAUGCUCUUAUCAUUUCUAAUUAUUUGUGCAUUCUAAAGCACAAAUGUACAAGUGUUUGCAAUUCAUGCCAUUUGUAACCCUGCAGUUUUUCAUGUGUUGGUCAUGGCUGGUGAAACAUAUGGUCACCUGUACAAAUGUUGUAAAUAGUUGUAUACUGUAUAAUGUAGUGAUAUACAUCAUUCUGCAUGCACCUUUUAGGCCAAAAAUAAGCAAAAGUCUUCUGUUGUCAUCAAUUUAUAAAUGGCAAAAAAAAGUGAGGAAAACUUAACUUGAACAGUUCAGGCUACAUUUUACCACAUUUCUUGCCACCACUGGAUGUCAGUCAUUUAUACAGUAAAUGCACAAUGAUAUUGUUACAUGUAUAAAUAAAUACUGUAUUCAAUUUUUUUUUCAUAAUUGUGGUUAUUGAUAUGAGUGUGGUAUGUACCCACAGAAUAAGUAGUAACCAGAAGUUAACUCAUCUUUCAGUUUUAACAAGUUGCUGGGGUGAGUAUUCUGAUACUACAUACUAGUCUACUAUAGUCAUAUUUUAUUAUUAGUGUCUUUAUUAUUUUAUUUUGUUAAAACUAAGAUGGUUUUGUUUACCAGCACCGUCUUAAGUUUUCCAGAAACAUGUAACAGAAUGUUGUCAAACAAAAUGUCUAUAUGCAUUUUUAUUUUUUGUUCAUGUAUUACUUUAUGUUGUUGUAAUAAACUGGGCUAAAAACGUA